UAUGUUGAAAUUUUGGGCAUUUUGUUCCACUUCAUGCUGAAGUUUUAACAUCCUGAACGGAACAGAAACUUCCACACUCAGCACAGCUCUUCUAAUUGCUCCGUGAAGCUGAUUAGAGUUAGCUCUGAAGCCUCCAUCCAAACAGUUGCUGUGUUCUAACAACAUCUCUCACAUCAGGAUCUUAAAGCACUUUGCAGUCACCGAUCAUCCACUCGUGGGAAAGAGGGACAAAGGUGGUCUCCCCCUCCUGCAGUGCCAUUAAGGGGCUGCAGUCCCCCCUCCAGGCACGGAGCAGCCCAGCCCUCCCCGAGCUGCGAGUGGAUGCUGACAGCUCCCCAUGAUGUGAUAUUCCAGAGCUGAAGUCCUUUGACAUCACCGUUGGAAAUUGGUCCUAGGAAAGUUCUUUUCGGAUGGAAACUGCGGCAGGAGUCAGCACUGUUGUUUGAAAAGUUGAACAAUUACAGGGAAACUCGCUUACUUCUGGAUGUUAAAAUCGGUCGGUGCAGCCCUCUGAAAUGAGGGAUUGAUUAAUGAGGUGCAGCGCUGACAAAAGCCUGGAGAAAUGUUCUUAAAGCCGAGCUGGCACGUUGCGUCAUUUCUGGCAGCCGGAGGGUUGGUGUAACCUUCCGUAGGAUCAGUGCAGGGCCUGGGAACCUCGUGUAGCUGCUGGAAAACACUGCUGUCCUAUGGGCUGUAAGUGCAAAACCAGGUGAGGUGGAACCUGCAGUGUGUGGUGGGAUGGCACCGGGCACGGCUGCCUGGCCACGGCACUGCGGGCAGGAGGCGGAAGGGUCCCUUCCCAUCUCCUGCUUAUUUCCAUGGGUAGGCAGAGCAAUUCCAUCGCUUCCGUCCGCCAGGAAGAAGAGGAGCUGCCGGAACGGCUCACAUCUGGUUUUGUCGUUGGUGGGAUGACAAAAGAGAAAAACCCUUCCAGUUGUUCUGCAGGAGCACGGGUGCAGCGCAGCGCCUGUUCCAGCGCAUGGCCGCGUGCCACAUCUGUGUUUUUGCUUCACUGGAACAGCUGUUAGGAUUUUUCUGGUGCCAAGGAGAUAAUCUGACUUCAGGGAAAAUCUUACUCUGAGAGGGAACGAUUGUGGAAGGAGGCACGCUGAGCUCCUGUGUGGGCUGCCUUGGCAAUGGAGCCUGGCGAGGGAAGGAGCAACCUCUGAGCUGACCUUUAGCUCGACCCCAGCCAUCCAGCACACAGGUGCCUUCAGCCAGAGGGCUAAGAGACCCUACAGCCCCUAUGGAUGGAGAAGGAAGGAAGUAGAGCAGUGGAGGAUUCAGCCUGCAGCCUUCUAGAGGCUGUGCAUCGAGAGCUGGAAAUGCAACAGCAUGGGGUGUGUGGGAUGCAGGCAGAACCCUGGCUGUGCAAGAGCCUCAUCGGACAGCUGGAAGGUGCAGGGGCAGCUCUGUGUCCACAGCCAGGUUGCUGCAUUCUCUGUCAGCAGCGGACACCAGGCUUGGCCAGGGGUUCUGCAUGCUAGAGCUGCCUUUGCUUUCAGUGGGCAGCUGUACCUGGGUGCAUUUGGUGCAGAUCCAGAUCAGAUCUGCUAAUGGAAAAGGAGAUCUGCAAUCAUUCAGCAGCACAUCUCCUGCCCACGAUGGAUUUUGCACAGGCAAAUGGCAGUUCCCACACCAGGAGAUGGAACUGAGGGCUGUGCAGGAGCACCGUGACUGCCUCACCAAGCAGAAUCAUAGAAUGGCCCGAGUUGAAAAGGACCAGGACGAUCACCCCCUGCUAUGUGCAGGGUCACCAACCAGUAGAUCAGGCCACCGGUGCUCAGCUGGCCCAGGACGCAGCGCGCUCUGCUGUGUCCAUCUGCUCUGAUCAUAACCCAAACAGCUUCAACAAACACAAGCUACGAUUCCAGAGCUUCACAGGAGUCGAUAACGCUAUCUGUGCAAGGCACUGGGCGAGGUGCAAGGGGUGGAAACGUUCCCUUCGGCACGGCACCUCUUUUCCCAAGCAGAGCUCCUUGCGGUGCGCGGAGCGCAACCAGAGCAGCGCAGCGAGCAGCCGGGGCAUCGCGCCUUGCGGUGCUGGAGCUCCGUGGACCGAAAGCUUCGUGCCCAGGACUUGGGACGGGGGCUCCGGACGUCGGGGCUCCGCGCACGGCGGUAGCGGAGCUCGGCGCAGCCUCGCAGUGCCGCGGAAGCUCCGCCCGCCGGGUGCCGUCCGGCCGCGGUUGCGCAGUCGGUGCGCGGAGCGCCAUGAGCCGGGAGAGGCUGCGUGCGGUGCGGGACCGCGUGCGGUCCUUCCCCGACUUCCCCGUGCCUGGAGUGCUGUUUCGCGACAUCAGCCCCCUGUUGAAGGAUCCUGUAGCUUUCAAGGCUUUGAUUGAUCUUCUGGAAGAUCACCUGAGGGCCUCCUUCCCCAAAGUCGAUGUCAUUGCAGGUCUGGACUCCCGUGGCUUCCUCAUAGGCCCCCCCCUGGCUCAGAGACUGGGAGUUGGCUUCGUGCUGAUCCGAAAGAAAGGGAAACUGCCCGGCCCCACCGAGUCCAUCUCAUACGCCCUGGAAUAUGGCAAGGCUGAACUCGAAAUCCAGAGCGAUGCUGUGGAAGCAGGACAGAAAGUGGUCGUUGUGGAUGACUUGCUUGCAACUGGAGGUACGAUGUGUGCAGCCUGCAAGCUGCUGGCGAGGCUGAAGGCUGACAUCCUGGAGUGCCUGGUGGUCAUUGAGCUGAAGGGCCUGAGGGGAGCAGCCAAGCUGGAGGCCAUCCCCUUCCACUCCCUGCUGCAGUACGACUGAAGCUGCUGGCUGCUGCAGCACCUCUCAGGUUGCAGGUGGUGACUCUGGCUUGAUGUCACGAUGGGGUGGGCAGGAGGACCUGCACUGAAUUUUGCACAAGAAGCUUGGAAGCUGGAAUCCUAUUCAUUUGCCAAGCCACAGAUCAAAGCAUGCUUAGUGCACAGAUCCUUUCUUUUUUUUUUUUUUCGUGUUCAUCUCUUUGGGGAGGGGGAGACCAGAAUGCCAUUUUACAGGUGUUGCGUUCUAGGCUACCAAAGCAGGGCAGGGUGAGGAGAGCUUUAAGCGGGUCCUGAGGAGCUCAGAUGGGUGCAGUGCUGCUGUGCCUCCUGGUCUGAGUAGGGUUCAGGCCAGCCCUGGGCUAUCCCACCUCCCUAUCUUAGCAGAGGCUGAACUUACUGAUACAAUAAACAUUGAUUUAUUUUUCUAUUUUUUCUAAACUGCCUCAACACUCUUCUUGCAGUAGCAGGAGCUGUUAAUGACCCUCAUGGCAGCACUGGAGGCUGCAGCCUGAGCCCCCCACUGCCACCCCGACCUUACAGGAGGCAGCAGCGACCGCGUCCAGGUAUCUCCAUCCCACAGGUUGGAGGGGAGCACCUGGGCAAUGUGAAUCCUAGUGCUGGAGGAGCACCUUCCCAACACAGAGUAUAGGGAUGGCACGCUGUGCCCACAGCCCUCAUUGUGCCUACUUUUAUCACCGUUGCCUAAAAAGCCACUCCUGUGCUGCUCAGCACUCCACUGAGGGAAAGCUUCCAUUGGGUGCUGGGAUCCCCAGGCAGCCCCAGAGCUGAGCACACACACUUGGCACUGCUCACAGCCCCCGGCUGUGAUGUAGAGAGGGGAAAAUGAGUUCCACCCCACGGAGCUGUGGAAAGCAGCUGCACUCUGCGGAGGCGAGCGCUGGCCUGGCUGCUGCCAGGGCUGGCUGUGUGUGCAGCCAAGGGGUGACAUCAGGGAACCUGGGGACGCUGCUUUCGCUUGAUGCCAUGACUCACAGUGGCAGCACUUUGGAGCUGCUACUUCCAA